UUGAGUCUUCUGGGAUACUGACAGUGCUGGCCUUUGGUUGUUGCAAUCGUGGGUGUGAUGAUUUCACCCCAAACCUCAACUCAAGGGUCUGUGGGUGGCAUUUUUCAAAUGGCAAAGCAGCUGGGCUGACACGGUUUGCCUGGAAUGAGGGAAAGGCUUUCCCCGACCACAUCAGCCAUUCUACCAAACGCCAAAAGAAAAUGCUCCCUGCGACUGUGGAGGGCGAAGGAAGAGCUGAACCAGGCCCAAGUCACCUUGACAUUGCUCAACAGACCCCUAGUACUUCGAGUGUUUUGGUGCUUGAAAUUGAGAAUGAGAUGCUCAGAAAAGAAAAUGACAAACUGAAAAAAGAAUUGGAGAAACAAAAACAAACAUUUUCAUUUAGUCAAAUCUCCUCCCACCCCGACAGAGUCAACUGUUACACUGGCUUGCCAGAUGCUGCCACAGUCUUCUUUUUGGAAGCCCUUCUUUCCAAAUUUGAUCUCCAGUAUCACUUUGAUUGGAAUGUCCAAAUAAUGCCCCUAAUCGAUCAGUUGCUCUUGACUUUGAUGAAGCUCCGACUGAAUUGUGGUGUCCUAGACCUUUCUACGAGGUUUAAUUGCAGCCGUGCCACAGUCACCAACAUCUUCAUCACCAUCACCAGUGCACUGUAUGACAUUUUGUAUGUCGGCAUGAUGGAAAACAACAUCCCCUCCAGAUUCAAGAACCAAACAUCCCUGCCAGAUUGCUUCCGGCCAUUUCCCAACUGCCGCAUUGUGCUAGACUGUACUGAAGUGGCUGUCUCCAGCACAGAAAGACUGGACACCCAGAGUCAUCUGUACAGUCAUUACAAAGGACGCACCACGCUUAAAACUCUGAUCGGUGUGGCUCCCAAUGGAGUUAUAACCUUUGUCAGUGACCUAUAUGGUGGAAGCACAUCGGACAAGGCGAUAACAGCUGACUGCAGAGUACUCCAACAGCUAGAACCAGGUGACAUGGUGAUGGCUGACAAGGGCUUCACUAUUCAUGACAUUUUGCCUGCAGAUGUUUCGCUGAACAUCCCAACGUUCCUUGUCAACGGACACUUCACAAUGGAGGAAGUUAACCACAACAGAAUUAUUGCCAGUGCGAGAAUUCAUGUGGAGCGUUCCAUUCAGCACCUGAAAACGUUUCACAUUUUGGCCUACAUCCCAUACCAGUAUAAGAAGCAUGCCAACAAGAUACUGAAAGUAUGCGUUUGUCUCACAAAUUUACAGAAACCCAUACUCCGUGAAAUAGCAUGAAUUGUUUGUCACUGUCUGCCACAUUGGCAAUAUCAGCCUUGAACGUUUUUUGUAUAGCCAGUCACUUCACACAACACCUUCAGUCACUUCACACAACACAACAUCACCUACAACUGCACCCAGACCUACAACCUGCAGCUGAAGCCCACCCUCAGCAAGAUUAAGCUCCUCUGUGUCUUCUCCCUCUCCUCCGAGUCAUCACCGUGAGAGCGGUGGGGUUUUAUGUAACGUGAUGUGUAACAUGGUAUCAAAUAUCAUGACUGACAUGGUGUAAACAUAUUAUACAAUAUUUUCAAGUGUUCUUGCUGAAAUCCCAGCAUUAGAAGAAAUGGUUGUGGUUUGAUGUGUGAAGAAACUUAAGCUGAUGUCUUGAAUGUGAUUCAAGUGUAUUCCUUUUCUGUUUUUUCCUGGACAUGUAUAAAUGUGUAUUAUUGAAAUUUGAAUAGUUAUUUUUCCCUUGCUAAUCAAUUUUCCCAAACUGAA